AUGGACAAACAAGAAACUGGGAACUCUGGAAAAUUACAUGGUGGGGACCCUGUAGGGUCAUGCCAAGAAUCUAGCAUGCAGAAUGGUUCAAGUCCUCAUGCAACACCAUCGAUCAGUCCUACUGCUUCAUUGAUAAGCAGCGAUAGCUGUGUCUCAAGCUGCAGUGAUUUUUCAGUCGAUGCAAACUCUCAUGGCCGCGGUUAUCAAGAGGAAGGUAACUCAAACGGAAGUCAAGUGGGCCCUAAUUUUGGCUUAAAGCGGCAUCCGCAAGACAUGAGGCUACCAAUUCAUGUAAGUAAAAUCCACAGAUCCUCCACGGUGGUGAAAAGCAACCUUGAGGAAAGCAAUAAUUUAAAUGCUAGGUGCAAUGGUGGAGAUGUAAAAUAUAACGGAAUUGGUGAUGAUGAAGAAACAAGAAAUAAUGGUGUGGAAAGAGCUAGUUCAGCUAGUGAUGAGGAAACUGGGUUUUCUUCUUAUAAUGACGAAACUGAUAGUCGAUUUUGGUUACCACCGGAACCAGAAGACCAAGAAGAUGAUAUCGAGGACAGCGUGGCUAAUUAUGAUGAUGAUGAUGAUGAGUGUGGUGACGGAAUGAAUUGGGGAAAACCAAGUUCUUUUAGUAGCUUUGGAGAAGAAGGAAGUGGAAAUUACAGGUUUAAAGAGGGAAAGCAAAAAGCAAUGAAUGAAGUGAUGAACGGCAAGUUCAAGGACCUCGUGGGUCAACUUCUCAAAACAGUGGGGCUUGCCUCUACAGGAAAAGAUGGAGAACCCUGGGUGGAUAUAGUGACUUCUUUAUCAUGGGAAGCUGCUUUAUUUGUGAAGCCUGAUGCCUCUGAGGGCAAGGCCAUGGAUCCUGAUGGCUAUGUCAAGGUCAAAUGUAUUGCGACUGGUACACGCAGUCAAAGUCAACUGAUCAAAGGCUUGGUGUUCAAAAAGCAUGCUGCUCACAAGCACAUGCCUACAAACUACAGGAAUCCUAAAUUGUUGUUGAUUCAGGGUUCUCUUGGUUUAUCCUCUAGUAGGUUAUAUUCGUUUGACUCAAUGAAUGAGGAGAAGGAUAGUCUGAAAUCUCUGAUUGAGAUGAUAGAAAUGUGUCAGCCUAAUGUGGUUUUGGUGGAGAAAACUGUGUCUCGUGAUUUGCAAGAGUCUAUUCUUUCGAAAGGAAUGACUUUAGUCUUUGAUAUGAAGCUCCAUCGUCUAGAGAGAGUUGCUCGUUGUACUGGUUCAACGAUCUUAUCCUCUGAUACAUUGAUUGGCCAAAAGCUUAGGCAGUGUGAUUCCUUUCAUUUUGAAAAAUUUGUCGAAGAACAUGCCGCUCCUGGUGAUGGUGGAAAGAGACCAAGUAAAACUUUGAUGUUCCUUGAGGGCUGCCCUACACGUCUGGGUUGUACGAUUUUGUUGAUGGGAACACACAGUGACGAGCUGAAGAAGGUCAAAUGCGUUGUUCAAUGUGCAGUUGUCAUGGCAUAUCAUUUAAUCCUUGAGACUUCCUUUCGUCUAGAUCAAACAAUGAUGUUUUCUACCAUUCCUCUUACUGUAGAGGCAAAUUUGUCACUUACUGAUAAACAAUCCCCAUCUGGUGGCUCUGGUGGUACAAUUGUUUCUUGUUUUGAGGUGCCUAGUGGUGAAAGUGACUCAUCAUUUUCAAUUGAUGUUCCCAUCUCGAAUGGAGUCCAUGAAGAUGACUCCCCAGACUUAAACUCGGGAUUAGAAGGCAACUCAUCUUUGUCUUUUGAGCCGUACAACCCUGUCAUUCUUUCUGGGUUAUCAUAUCUCUCAGCCUCUCUUAAAAAGGUCAUGGGGGAUAACUUUCCUCUUUUUUCUACUUCUCGUCAGUGUAUGUCAGCAUGCUUUGACUUUGAUGAAAGGUACCCCAAUGGUCAGAUUCAAACAGAUGUUCAUGUUUCGAGCUCUCCGGAUACAAUUGAUCAUGGUGAUAUGGAGGUAAAGGGUAGGCCUGAUGAAGAGAGGGCACUUGAUAAUGAACAACCACUUUUAUCAUCAACUGGUUGUGAAGCACCUCUGGAAACACACAAGUCUGGUGGUAAUAAUGAAGACCAAGUGCAGAGUAAGGAUGACAUUAGCACAGUGUUGGAUUCUGCAAGUAUUUUGGUUUUGAUGUCAAGCCGGAAUUGUACAACGGGGAAUAUGUGUGAGCAUAGUCAUUUUUCUCACAUAAAGUUCUACCGGAAUUUUGAUGUUCCUCUUGGAAAGUUUUUGCGGGAUAAUUUACUCAAUCAGAGGCUCCAGUGUAAGACGUGUGGUGAACCUCCAGAAGCACAUUUUUACUACUAUGCACAUCAUAAUAAGCAACUCAUGAUUAAAAUUAGACGUCUCCCUAUAGCCAAGUGUUUACCUGGUGAAACCGAAGGGAAGCUUUGGAUGUGGAGUCGGUGUGGUAGAUGUAAAUCCCACAAUGAAAACUCAAUGGCGACCAAGAGAGUGUUGAUAUCCGCUGCUGCACGGGGUUUGUCAUUUGGAAAGUUUCUGGAACUCAGCUUUUCAAACUAUUUUUUAUUCAGUCGACCAUCUAGCUGCGGGCAUUCAUUUCACAGGGAUUUUCUGUACUUCUUUGGAUUAGGCCCCAUGGUUGCACUAUUCAAGCACUCUCCAGUUGUAAACUACUCUGUGUCUAUGCCUCCUCAGAAGCUGGAGUUUGGCAACUCAAUCCGAGGAGAGUUGCUUGUGAAAGAUUUUGAGAAUGUGCACAUGAAAGGAAUUUUAAUGUUCAUGGACGUUGAAAUAUCUUUGAAGGAGAUCAGAUCUCAAUUUGAAGGCUUAACUCUGAACCUUAAAGGAUCAUCAAAGGAUUUUUCUGAUAUUGAGGAGAUGCUGAAGCAGGAAAGAUUUCAAUUUGAGGUUAAAUAAUUUUCUUUGCUAUACCUGUCCUUUCAUGUCUUUUGAUUUAUGUGAUAGCACUUCUAUCAGUCUUAUGAAUUUUAUUUUCCCUUGUAUAUAUAUGUUUGUCAAUACCUAUGUUCUCUUUUCCUCAAGUUAAGAUAAUGCUUACUGUG